AUGCCCGCACGCUUCACACUUCAAGAGGAAGCACGCAACACGGAACGUCAUCAUUCAUUCUGGAACUCUGAUCAAAGGUUGAGGGAUACAAAAGUGAGCUUUGUCAGUGCUGGAGAGUUCAAACCAACCGAUCUCAUCCAAGAUUCUGAGGAAGCAUUGGCUGGAAUGACCUUGGAGUCUGCAGAACCAUCUGAAGAAAUCUUGGCUCAGGAUGUACGAAUGGCAGAUCAGGGAAAACCUAUGGCUGCAUCAUCUUCGUUGUUCAUGAUAGAUACCAAUGGCAGCAAGCCCGUUGAAACUAGUCUUGCACCUCCUCGUUUACGUUCAAUCUCACCCGCUAGGUCAGACUCGAGCGAAGAAGUCAUACUCUUUCACGGGCGUAGUCAAUCAGGGAAAAGGGAUGUCAGACUCAAACACGAUCUCCCAGCAUAUGCGGACCCAAUAGAUGCUAGGAUUAAGAUGGUGGAAGACAAACUUCUUGAGCAACAUAAACUACUAGAAGAAACAUUGGAUGAAAAAGAGGCAUCCUUAGAAUCCAUUCCGCCCGAGCUAGCAGAGGCUUUAAACAAAGAGACGUUUCUGGGGGCAAUGCCACAUCAGUGGGCCAAUCCGCCUUCUCCUAACUUUGAAGCAAUUCUACCCAAGCGUCAGAAUAAAGGUCGCCAUCAGGGUCGCGCUAGACGAGGUCAGCGAGCAACUGGAAGGGCCAAUGAUAGUGAUGAAGAAGAUGCCAUGAUUGCAGAUUACAUCGCAAACAUGGACCAGCAACACAGCAUGGAUGAUGUCGACCAGGCUUUCAACAGACGGGAGUUAGGGGGUGAUGAAGACGCUGCUUGGCAAGAUGACUCUUCUGCAGAAGAAACUCAAGAUUCUGACCAAAAUGAACGGCACGGAUGGAGUCGGACGGAGUUACAGGACCUCGAUGAUCUAAGUACGUCAGAUGAGGCUCGAGGCAAAGUCCAGACUGUUUUGUCCAAAAGGCGUCGUGUUGGCGGUUUGCAGUACUUGAUUGUCUGGGAACAUCAGGAUGUAGACGAAGCCAGGUGGGUUCCACUGCAUGUUUUGCAAGACUCCGACGCGCUCCCGCUCAUCGAAGCAUUUGAAGCUGAAGAGAAGUUGAUCGCCGAGUUUGACAGUAAUGGAGAUGAAGACAGUGACGAUUCCGGUGAUAUUGGUGAUGAGGGUGAUGACGAUCAUGAUGACGAGCAGGAUCUAGUUCAGAGGAGGAUCGACAAAAUGAACGACGAGCAGAUUGCGAGGCUGAUAGCUAAGCAGGAGGAGCUGGGUAUGGGCGGAGAUGAAAUCCUACUGUUCGAUGAUGAAGUUCAUGAGGAUGAAGAAAUCGAAGCUCCCACACUUGAUCUCAAUGAAUUCAUACUGUCAGGCAGAAGAGGUAGAAAGGAAAGACGCCGUCGCCAAGGUGAAUUUCCGCCCGCAGCUCCAUUGGCAGAUGCUUAUGAUGGAUUUGAUGUAAUGGACUUUGAUCGGCCGAGUCUCAAAAAGAAGCCUAAAGGUCGCAAAGGCAAAUUGAUUCUUGAUGACAUCUCCGAUUCAGAGCUCGAGGCCUCAAUGCAAUCAGCAUGGGACAAUGAUCGUGCCAAGAAGAAGGAGAGAAAGCAGGAACGUGAAAUAUUACGUGCACAAGGAUUACUGACUGGCAAACAUGGCAAGCCCGAUAUGAAGGCAAAGUACAAGGAAGGAAUGAGUAUUGAUGAUGUCAAUGAAGAAAUCAAGGAGUUCUUGAAGGGUGAUAAUACAACGCUUUCUCUUCCUGCAAUGGACAAAGCCGAUCGUAAAUUCGUUCACGAGAUCGCCAAUGUCUUCAAAUUAAAGUCCAAAUCAGCCGGCUUGGGCAAUAAGCGUUAUCCUAUCUUGUACCGCACUUCAAGAACAAUCACUUAUGGAGAGCGUGCCUACGAGGCUGCAGCAUCGAAACUUUCACGGCGCUUCCUUCCUCGUAAUGAUGUAGGGAGAAGAUCAGGUAACGGGUCCAGGCGUGGUGGUCGAGCUGGUGGUGGCGGUGGCUCCGGUGGAGGUUUCGGUGCAGCGAGUUAUCGUGACGGUGAUAUAGUUGGUGCCUCGGCUCCUGAGCUGGGCAUCGGGAACAAAGGAAGAGCGAUGCUGGAGAAGAUGGGCUGGAGUGCUGGCACCGCUCUUGGUGCUCUUGAUAAUAAGGGCAUUCUUCAGCCAGUUUCUCACGUUGUAAAAACGACUAAAGCCGGUCUGGGAUAA